AUGUCUCUGGUCGCAGUAGGCGCGUGCUAUGUCGAUACAAUAUUAACAACACCGCAUUACCCCGGAGAGGAUGAAAAGCUACGUGCUUCCAGAAUCUCGCGUCGACGGGGAGGAAACUGUCCAAAUACCCUAGAGGUGUUGCAACAGCUCGUCGCGCAGAGUUCAGCGGCCGAGAAAACACCGCUAAAUCUUAUCGCCAUCCUACCUGCGCACUCUUCUGUUGCUUCCCGGCAAAUCCGAGAGGCCUUUGAGCCUCGAGUAUCUCUCACCGAUUGCAUCUAUCGUGAGCAGUUCCAGGAGCCGGCUUCUAGCUAUAUCAUCAAGAGCGAAGCGUCCGGUAGCCGGACAAUCGUCAAUUAUAAUGAGCUCCCGGAGAUGACGUUAGAGGAGUUCCGCCCGAUCACUGACAGACUAGGAAUCCAAGACGCUUGGUAUCAUUUUGAAGGCCGCAUACCAGAUGUGACUUUGGCCUGUAUACGUCAUAUCCGAGACCGCUAUCCGAACACCAAGAUCAGUGUAGAGGUGGAAAAGCCUGGACGAGAAGGACUACAGGAACUCGCUGAGGAAGCAGACGUGGUGUUUUAUUCAAAAAGCUGGGCCCAGGCCAAUGGAUACAAGUCCGCUGAGGAAUGUGUUCGAAAGCAAUCAUCCCGGGCACAUAAGGCGUCACUUCUUUGUUGUACGUGGGGGCAAGACGGAGCUGCAGCCUUUGAAACCACCCCUACAAACUUCGUACAUAGUCCAGCGUACACGCCGGAGGGUUUCCAGGUAGUCGACACAAUUGGAGCAGGAGACACCUUCAUUGCCGGGAUGCUAUAUGGUUUAAUCUGCAAGGGAGAUUCCUGGGACCUUUCGCAAAAGUUGAGCAUGGCGAAUCGUCUUGCAGGAACAAAAGUCGCCCAGGAAGGAUUCAAUAAUCUUGGACGAGUCUUAGGAGCGAGUCCCUAA